UUGCCCUUUCUCGGGUGGAAGCCAUCAGCAAUGAUAACCACCUUGAAACGAAAGUUUACGCGAAAUCAACCAACACCGGUCUCCUUCUACACUACCAGAGUCACGUGGAUCGAAGAUACAAACGUUCACUUAUAACCACUAUGUUAAAUCGUGCAUUCCGUUUGUUGUCAUUAUGGGAACACUUUGUCGAGGAAUGUGAGCGUUUGAAGAACGUUUUCGUCCAUCUCAAAUAUCCACUUGGACUUGUUGAUUCAGUAAUAUCGGGGUUUGUCGACAAGCAGUACGAGGAGUGUGGGAAAGGGUAUUUUCGUGACCGUGAAUGGUGAAUAUUUGUUCGCGUGAAAUGUGAAAUGCUUGAUUUCAGUGACGUGAAAUGUGAUUUGUUCUACCGCCGUGAGGCGUGAUUGUUGACAAAAAUGCUCCGUGGAAUGAGAAUUAAAGAUGCCUGUUUCGUCAACUGUGAUUAUUAUGGUGAUGAUUAUAAUAAACAUGAUACGCGAUAAUCAAAUUUAUAUGAUCUCACUCGAUUGGACAAGAGUAAAAACUUUCGCGAGGUUCCUGACGCUGAGGACAGGGUUCCUGACGCUGAGGACAAGGUUCUUGACUCUGAGGACAAGGUUCCUGACGCUGAGGACAAGGUUCCUGACGCUGAGUACAAGGUUCCUGGCGGUGAGGACAAGGUUUCUCGCGGUGAGGACAAGGUUCCUGGCCGUGACGACAAGGUUCCUCGCGGUGAGGACAAGGUUCCUGGCGGUGAGGACAAUGUCCCUAGUGGUGCGGACAAGGUUCCUGUCUUUGAGGACAAGCUUCCUGGCGAUGAGGACAAUGUUCCUGGCGGUCAGGACAAGGUUCCUGGCGAUGAGGAGAAUGUUCCUGGCGGUGAGGAAAAGGUUCCUUCGCGGUGAGGACAGUGUUCCUGGCGGUGAGGACAACGAUUUUGGCGCUGGCGACAAGGUUCCUGGCGGUGGGGUCAAGGUUCCCGCCUCCCGGCGGUGGGUACAAGGUUCCUGGCGGUGGGACAAGGUUCCUGGCGGUGAAGACAAGGGUCCUGGCGGUGAGGACAAGGUUCCUGCCGGUGAGGACAAUGUUGCUGGCGGGGAGGACAAGGUUCCUGGCGGUGAGGAGAAGGUUCAUGGCGGUGAGGACAAGGUCCUGGCGCUGAGGACUAUGUUCCUGGCGGUCAGAACAAGGUUCCUGGCGGUGAGGACAAGGUUCCUGGCGGUGAGGACAAGGUUCCUGGCGGUGAGGACAAGGUUCCUGGCGGUGAGGUGUAGGUUUCUAGCAUUGAGGACAAGGUUUCUGACGGUGAGGACAAGGUUCCUGGCGGUGAGGUGAAGGUUUCCGACGUUGAGAACAAUGUUCCUGGCGGCGAGGACAAGGUUCCUGGCGGUGAGGACAAUAAUCCUGGCGGUGAGAACAAGGUUCCUGGCGGUGAAUACAAGGUUCCUGGCGGUGAGAACAAGGUUCCUGGCGUUGAGGACAAGGUACCUGGCGGUGAGGACAAGGUUCCUGGCGAUGAGGAGAAUGUUCCUGGCGGUGAGAACAAGGUUCCUGGCGGUGAAUACAAAGUUCCUGGCGGUGAGAACAAGGUUCCUGGCGUUGAGGACAAGGUAGCUGGCGGUGAGGACAAGGUUCCAGGCGGUGAGGAGAAGGUUCCUGGCGGUGAGGACAAUGUCCCUAGUGGUGCGGACAAGGUUUCUGGCGGUGAGGACAAGCUUCCUGGCGAUGAGGACAAGGUUCCUUGGCGGUGGGGACAGUGUUCCUGGCGGUGAGGGCAACGAUCCUGGCGCUGACGACAAGGUUCCUGGCGGUGGGGACAAGGUUCCUGGCGAUGAGGAGAAUGUUCCUGGCGGUGAGGACAAGGUUCCUUGGCGGUGAGGACAGUGUUCCUGGCGGUGAGGGCAACGAUCCUGGCGCUGACGACAAGGUUCCUGGCGGUGGGGACAAGGUUCCUGCUUCCUGGCGGUGGGUACAAGGUUCCUGGCGGUGGGACAAGGAUCCUGGCGGUGAGGACAAGGUUCCUGGCGGUGAGGACAAGGUUCCUGCCGGUGAGGACAAUUUUGCUGGCGGGGAGGACAAGGUUCCUGGCGGUGAGUACAAGGUUCCUGGCAGUGAGGAUGAGGUACCUGGCGGUGAGGACAUGUACAAUGUUCCUAGCGGUGAGGACAAGGUACCUGGCGUUGAGGGCAAGGUUGCUGGCGGUGAGUACAAGGUGUUGAGGAGUUCACUCCUCUGCUGGUUCUCACAGAAUCAACUAACACACAUUUCACAACUUUUCCAUAUAUAUUUAAAAACAAUCCUUGUUACAACGUUCAGUCUGUGCCGCAAUGGCCAACUGACUGGGACAAACAGUUUACAAUCAUUUUAACUAUCUUAAUUUACAUGCAAGUGACACGUACGUCCGGUGACGUUCACAACUUAUCAUUAACAAAAUACUGUUCCAAUGAGAUAAUCCUAGCCCAUGGCUGAGGUAUCUAAGUUAUUUCCUACUUACUUUAAUCAACUAAAUAUAUCUUUUAAGAAUAACAUAACUAAAUUAACUAAUACAAUAUAUAGGAAUAUAUGACACAGUCGCCCCUUGAACCCUUACGGUUCAAGCAUGGCCCUGGUUUUCCAGAUGGAGUCUAAUGCAGCGGCUCUACGAGCUGGUCUGUGUGGCCUGUCGCUAUUCUCGCAAGACUGAGUUUCAACAUCACCAUGAACAUCAGACUUAUCACUUCGAAUCUCCAACGGAUACAAUCUCUGCACUGGCCUAUUCAAAAACUUCGUUCGCCCCUUCUCAACCAUCUUAACCAUUGAUCCUCUCACAACCCCAUCCUUACCCUUAAUCAACCUUUCGACCACAGCUACCUUCCAAAACCCACGCUUCACUCGUUCAUCAAACACCAAUACAACAUCUCCCAAAUCCACAACUACAUCACUAGUUUUCUUCUUACCCUUGUG